AUGCACCUCAAGCGGAGGCGGAACAGCGCUAGUCAGGGGAUCCCUGCACAGUCGCCAUCUUCGACUGCGCACCCAAAGCGUCUGUUCAAGAGACCGAAGGGCACGGCUCGACAACGCGCCGCCGUUUUUCCAUAUCACGAAUCAGACAUGACUGAGCUGGUAGAAUACAUACAUACGCACGAAGAAGCCUUCCGAAACCGCAACCGCCUUGCGUCCCUUUACUCCGACUUUCGAGAACAGCAACAGACCAACCCCGAAGGCUACCUCGCAAACCUCAACGCGUGGAAGAAAGCUCUGGAACAUGCGGCUCGCGCAGGUGUUCUUCCUGGCUCUGGUACCACGCGAAAUCUCCUAAUCAUCGACACCGGCAACGAGCUCUCGCGCGCCUUACAGCAUAAAGACUUCGGGUUGCCCACUUGUUUGCGCGAUGUUUUCCAAGACGCAAUCAAGAAAGGGUCCUUUGUACCGGCACAAGACUGGAUGACGUCGACGCAGCCGAUCUACCAGAAAUCAUGGUUCAAGCUGCCAAAGGUUUCCGUAGGCGGUUUGUUAUCCAGCGCAUGGGAGAUGGGCAAGAGCUCUUUGCUCGGGCCUUCAACUCAGCUGCCGGCUGGCCCUUUCGUGGUAGUCGCAAACGUGGAAGCCGCCGCAGAGACGAUCUUGAAACAAUACCGAGACCAGCCGCACACCUCGUUCGCGGACCGUAUAUUCUCGAAGCCAGCCUUCCUAGAGCGUUUCGGAAAGGUCCUGAAUCAGGAAAAGCCAAUCACCGCGCGCGAUCUAGACGUCCUACUUGUACACUUGGUCCGCGAUAGACAGGCACUGGCAGUGGAGAGAAAUACUGUCAAGUUCAAAGCCGACACGGAAGACCAUCCUUCGCCAGUCACGCAAGAGGAUGCAGCCAUGGCGGAGCUGCAUGAUGCAGUCAACAAGGUGCAGGCGCGCGUUGCUCUUCUGCAAGAAAAUGUCUCCAAGACUGAGCUGGCAGCAAAGGAAGCCGUACAGCUCAAGCAGCUGGCCCGCGCUAAGAUUUGUUUGCGGUCGAAGAAGCUGGCCCAAUCAUCGCUGGACCACUACACUAAUUUAGGUAUGCAGCUCGAAGAAUCAUAUAUGAAGCUCCAGCAAGCGGCGGACAACGUUGGGAUGUUGGAUGCCAUGAAAGCUGGGGCAGAAGCUAUGGCCCUUCUGAAUAAGAAGGUUGGUGGCGCAGAGGGCGUCCAGCAGGUGAUGGACUCGGUCAACGAAGAGAUGGCCACUACUGAGGAGAUCACGAACAUCAUCAAUGAAUCUGCCACUCCGAUCGAUGAAAGUGAAAUUGAUGAUGAAUUUGCCGAGCUUGAGAAGGCCGAGAAAGAAAAGCAGGAGAAGGAAGAAGCAGCGAAGACUGCUGAGCUCCUCGCCGAGCUUCCCGACACGAAGAAGUUGCGCGAAGAACAGGAUCUUGAGACAGCCGAAAUAUCCAGUCAGCUGUCAAACAUCACUGUCUCAACACCAGAAAAAGAAGAGAGAGAAGAGCGAGUUGCAAUGCCUGCUUAG